AUGAGAUCACAAUUCAAAGACGAACAUCCUUUUGAAAAGAGAAAAGCCGAGGCAGCUAGAAUUGCCCAAAGAUUCAAAGAUAGAGUUCCCGUCAUUUGUGAAAAGGUUGAGAAUUCCGAUAUUCCCGAGAUUGACAAGCGUAAAUACUUGGUACCAGUCGAUUUGUCAGUUGGUCAAUUUGUAUAUGUUAUAAGAAAGAGAAUUAAGUUGCCUAGCGAAAAGGCAAUUUUUAUUUUUGUUAAUGAUAUCCUUCCACCAACCGCUGCUUUAAUUAGCACAAUUUAUGAAGAGCAUAAAGAUGAAGAUGGAUUCUUGUAUGUUUUGUAUUCGGGUGAAAAUACCUUUGGGGAAAAAGUUCCAAUAGACUUGUCUUCUAUUGAUUUCAAUGAUUUAAGUGAUAUUCCACGUGAUAUUUAA